UGUCUUUAGUAGCUUUUCUGGAGCUGGGCUUGGCUUUUCAAAGAUGAGUGGAGAUGUCUCAUUCCCACCCUAGUAUGACUACAGAGUCUCCCUUUGUUCAAGAUAAUCUGCACUUGUGUGGAGAGGCCACUUCCAGUGAGCUCAAGGGCACUUCAGGACACCAAGAGUCUAUGAAAUAGACCAAGGACCCCUCUGCUAGGCUCUGCACAAAGACAAAAUAGAGACGGUAGAUGACUGCAGAGGGAUGGUGACUGAAAGGAUCUCAAGAAGAGAGAUGGAGCUUCUCUGGAGGCCAUUACUGCAGGAUGAGCAAAAGGGAGCAAUCUAAUUCCUGCAAAUUCUGUGGAAAAUAACUUGUUUUUGAAGGCUUUUCUAAGGUGUCUUUUCAUGCUGUUCAGACGUGCUCAGAGGUGCUUUUCCCCCAUGAGUGCAAGAAGUGUGUCUAGUUAAAAGAAGUGACUGCUGUGGAGGACAGCAUGACCACCAUGAAAGGAAGCUGCCUUCUUGUACUGCUGUUGGCAGGAUUUGGAGUAUUAGGAAUACUGGAGCCAGACGCAGAAGAUAUCCACUGUCACAGAGCUGUGCACCCGGUUAUUGCAUACAAAGAAAUUGCUCCUUGGUUACAUAUGUUCAGAGCAGAAGAUGCUGUAGACUUCUCACAAUUAACAUUUGAUCCAGGACAAAAAGAGCUUAUUGCCGGAGCAAGAAACUACCUCUUCAGGUUGCAACUUGAGGAUCUCUCUCUAAUACAGGCAGUGGAGUGGCAAUGUGAUGAAGCUACUAAAAGAGCCUGCUACAGUAAAGGAAAAUCAAAGGAGGAAUGCCAGAACUAUAUUCGAGUGCUUCUUGUUGGAGGCAACCAUCUCUUUACCUGUGGAACCAAUGCUUUCACUCCUAUUUGCACGAAUCGGACGUUAAAUAACUUGACAGAGAUACAUGAUCAAAUCAGUGGCAUGGCUCGUUGUCCUUAUAGUCCCCAACACAACUCCACUGCACUGCUCACUUCCAGUGGGGAAUUAUAUGCUGCUACAGCCAUGGAUUUUCCAGGAAGGGAUCCUGCCAUUUAUCGCAGUCUGGGAGCCCUUCCUCCUCUCCGCACUGCACAGUACAACUCCAAGUGGCUGAAUGAACCCAAUUUUGUGUCAUCUUAUGACAUUGGGAAUUUCACCUACUUCUUCUUCCGAGAAAAUGCAGUGGAACAUGACUGUGGCAAAACAGUUUUCUCUCGUGCUGCUCGAGUGUGCAAAAAUGAUAUUGGUGGCAAGUUUGUGCUGGAGGAUACCUGGACUACCUUCAUGAAAGCUCGGCUGAACUGCUCUCGUCCUGGAGAAAUUCCAUUUUACUAUAAUGAACUGCAGAGCACUUUCUUCCUGCCAGAAUUGGACUUGAUCUAUGGGAUUUUUACCACUAAUGUGAACAGCAUAGCAGCCUCAGCAGUUUGUGUUUUCAACUUGAGUGCCAUAACUCAGGCUUUUAAUGGACCUUUCAAGUACCAGGAAAACUCUCGCUCUGCUUGGCUUCCAUAUCCCAAUCCUAACCCAAAUUUUCAGUGUGGCACCAUGGACCAGGGUUUGUAUGUGAACCUGACUGAGAGAAAUCUUCAAGAUGCUCAAAAAUUCUUCCUAAUGCAUGAGGUUGUCCAACCAGUUAUUCCAGUUCCGUACUUCAUGGAAGACAACAGCCGAUUUUCUCACGUGGUUGUGGAUGUUGUUCAGGGCAAGGACAUGCUCUUCCAUAUCAUUUAUCUUGCCACAGACUAUGGCACUAUUAAGAAAGUACUUGCCCCAAUGAACCAGACUUCAAGCAGCUGCCUGCUUGAGGAAAUUGAACUCCUGCCAAAGACUCAGUGGGAGCCCAUCAGGAGUCUUCAGAUCCUGCACAGCCAGAGUGUCCUGUUUGUGGGCCUUCAGGAACAUGUGAUUAAAGUCCCCCUGAAGAGAUGUCUGUUUUACAAAACAUUCAGCGCAUGCAUUGGAUCCCAGGAUCCUUACUGUGGCUGGGACAUGGUGAUGAAGAAAUGCACAACUCUGGAAGAAAGUCUGAGCAUGAGUCAGUGGGAGCAAAGCAUUACUGUGUGUCCAACAAGGAACCUGACAGUGGAUGGUCAUUUUGGAACAUGGUCACAAUGGAAACCAUGCAGCCACACAGAUGGUGCCAGCAUUGGCUCCUGCCUCUGCAGGACCCGUGUAUGCGACAGUCCAGCUCCUCAGUGUGGAGGGUGGCUAUGUGAAGGACCAACCAUGGAAAUUGCCAACUGUUCCAGAAAUGGAGGCUGGACACCAUGGACUUCUUGGUCACCUUGUAGUACCACUUGUGGAAUAGGCUUUCAAGUUCGUCAGCGUUCCUGCAGCAAUCCAACCCCUCGCCACGGAGGACGUGUCUGUGUGGGACAGAAUCGUGAGGAGAGGUACUGCAAUGAGCAUUUGUUGUGCCCCCCUCAUGUGUUUUGGAAAGGCUGGGGUCCGUGGGAACGAUGCACGGCUCAGUGUGGAGGAGGGAUUCAGGCUCGGCGUAGAACGUGUGAAAAUGGCCCUGACUGUCCUGGCUGCAGUGUGGAAUAUCAACCUUGUAACACCAAUGCCUGUCCAGAGUUAAAAAAGACAACUCCUUGGACACCUUGGACUCCAGUUAAUAUUUCAGACAACGGUGGUCACUAUGAACAACGAUUCCGAUACACCUGCAAAGCUCGAUUGCCUGACCCAAAUUUGCUGGAGGUGGGAAGGCAAAGGAUUGAAAUGCGUUAUUGUUCCAGCGACGGCACCAGCGGGUGCUCGACAGAUGGAUUAUCAGGGGAUUUCUUGCGUUCUGGACGAUAUUCUGCUCACACCAUCAAUGGUGCCUGGUCACCGUGGUCUGCAUGGUCUCAGUGCAGUCGUGACUGCAGUAGGGGUAUACGGAAUCGCAAACGGGUCUGCAGCAAUCCUGAGCCCAAGUAUGGUGGUCUUCCUUGCCUUGGUCCAUCGCUAGAGUACCAGGAAUGCAACAUUUUGCCUUGUCCAGUGGAUGGAGGCUGGUCUUGCUGGUCAUCUUGGUCAAAGUGCUCAGCAACUUGUGGAGGAGGGCAUUACAUGAGAACCCGCUCCUGCACCAAUCCUGCACCGGCAUAUGGAGGAGAUAUUUGUCUUGGCCUGCACACUGAAGAAGCCCUUUGCAACACACAGCCAUGUCCAGACAGCUGGUCAGAGUGGUCUGAAUGGUCCGAGUGCGACACAUCUGGCAUGCAGCUCCGUGUUCGUCAGUGCAUUCUUUUGUUUCCAGUGGGCAGCCAGUGCACAGGCAACACCACAGAGAGCCGAGCCUGUGCUUCUGACUCCAACUUUAUACCAGAAAUACCAGUGGCACGAUCCAGAAGCACAGAAGAAAAACGAUGUGGCGAGUUCAAUAUGUUUCACAUGAUCGCUGUGGGAUUAAGUAGCUCGAUACUUGGUUGCCUUCUCACUCUGCUUAUUUACACUUAUUGCCAACGAUAUCAACAACAGUCCCAUGAUGCAACUGUCAUCCAUCCAGUGUCACCAGCUCCUCUAAAUACCAGCAUCACCAAUCAUAUCAACAAACUGGACAAAUAUGAUUCUGUAGAAGCCAUCAAGGCAUUUAACAAAAACAACCUGAUUCUGGAGGAGAGAAACAAAUACUUCAAUCCACAUCUCACUGCAAAGACUUACUCCAAUACCUAUUUUACAGAUUUCAAUAAUUAUGAUGAAUACUAAUGGAUGGGCUUGUGUAUUUUCUGGCCUCCUGUAACUCCCCAGUCCCCAAGGCCUGUGCUACAUGACUGCUCAUGUGAUUGAGGCUUCAGAGAUGAAGUUCAGAGACAUUUCAAGCACGAUCCAAGCCGUCAAUGUCCCAUUGCUGCCAAAUGCCCAGAACACCUGUUCGUGAACAUGCUGUUUUCUCUGCGGAGUGAAAGGUUGGCCUUUGGUGUCAGGCACAGCUGUAGCCCCUUGGUGUUGUUGAACCGCUCAUAAGGAACAUGUCGCUUCGCUGUUUCAUAAGCAUUCAAUCAGAUUUCUCUGACAAGGGACUAAGAAAUUCCUGUUACCCCUUAAAACUGCUCCCAGAGUACAAACUCAAUUUUCUUUUUAGGCGUUGUCUUUUAUUUCCAUGGGGUUUGACAAGAGAGCUGUGCUGUUAGCCGCAGAGCCCUCCCUGCAGCCUCCUGAAGCUCACAUCACCAGAGAGAUCUUGCAGGGUGUUGAGAAGAACAGCAAAAGGAAGCAUGGUGGUUUAGCAAUGCUCUGCAGCAGCACUAGGCUCUGUAGGGCUGAUCUGCCAAGGCUGCAGUUCAGCUGUUCAGAGGGAGGAGACUAAAGCUGUACUGAACUAUAUGAUCUUGUAAUGAAACUGGAAAGCUUCAGGGUAGGUGGUUUCCAAAUGUGAGCCAAGCUUGGUCAGAGAAAGCCUUCACACUGUUCGGCUGAAUUAUGAGGGUGAUGGAAGGGCAUGUCCUGCAGGGAGACCAAGACCAGAGGGCAAAUGGAAAAGGCAAAUCGGAAGGCCUGCUCAACUGCUGAGGUUGUGGUGGCCUACAUUCAGGCCAGGUAUGGGAAGAUGCGACUGCAUCGCCAUUUGUGUGCUGUCUCAAGCACUGCUGGCACAUUGGCAUAAUCUGUAGGGCUUCUUUCCUCUAUUUGUCUUUUAUUUUAUAUGCACGUCUUUAACAAAACAAAGCAUCAUCAGAAAAUGCAGUUGUAUUUGCAAAGCAUUGUCUCAUUUUACUGUUGUGUCUGGCCCAUGCUAACCAGCUCCUAAAGGAACCUUCUUAUGGUGUUUCAAGUGAGUAUCUUGUUGGACUCCAUUGAUGUAAAUAUUUAAAAUCCAUUUGAGUUUUAAAUUAUCAGUUUUAGUUCCUCUUGUAGUUGCAGGUGAAGAACACAAAGGAUUUUUAUACCAUUUUUUCUUAGGUCUGUCUGUCUUCACUCGCAUUCAUGACAAUGUCAUUUUUCAAGCUGAAAUUCCAGAUGUAGAACUUAAAAGGGCAGGGAUUUGGGCCAGAUUUUCCAAAAUUUUUGAUAGCAAGACAGACAGCAUUUGCUAUUCUCAGAAGCCUGUGAAAAAACCUUAACUUAAAAACAAAUAGUAAGGACUAAAGAAUUAGUCUUUCUUGAGCAUACUUUGUGCAAAUGUAUCCAACCAGAAUACCAGGAAAGUAGGCAGAGAGGCAGAGUGGAAAUAUUUCCAUUCAAUAUUCAGAACCCUUGAUCAUUAGGUUAUGCUACAAUAGGCAAACAGAGAAUGAAACGUGAAGAUUAAAGUGAUUAAAAAUUAUGUACAAAAAACCUACACAAAAAGUACCAAGAACAUUGAGGCUGUGAGACUGCAUUUACUUACGCACCACCUUGAUGGUCCAGCCACACCAUGUGCAUCGAUGGCAGUGAGCAACAUUCUUGAAUGGGGAUAGGUCUGAAUGUAGCACUGUGCUUCCUAUCUCUCUUCUGCAUAAAAUGAAAAAAUGUAAAGCAAGUGGUCUUUGAAAAGCUGUACUGUAGAAUGAAUACACAUUUACCGUCUAUGAAAGUGAUUAGGAUGAGCUGCCUAUUUUUUCCAGAUGAAUCAUUUUCCCCAUUGCUACGAUAAAGUUCUCCCACCCUUGCUCUAGUUUAUCUUUAGAAGGGUUAAUAACACCCAUUUCCCAUAUUUUAUUAUUGUUUUAUAGUACAUUAGAUUUAAUUUUCUGGGAAGAAAUUACCAGAUUGCAUUUGAGUGAGGGGAAAUUUUCUCUGCAAGAAUAUUCAGUGAAACAGACAGAUGGGGGAAAGGCUCUCCAAAUCACAAGCAUGUCCAGUAUUGGAAUCACUCUGUUCAUGCAAAAAGAUGAUUUUUUACAUUUCAAUAUAUUUUAAAAGUAAAAUCCAUAUUGCUGCCACUGCCAAUAAGGAGCAGCACAUUCACAUACACACAUGCAGAACACUGUUCCUCUCUGCCCCUGAAAUAAAAGCACAUUAGUCUGGCUUAGGGAUUUUGUAUUUAGACUAUUAGUUAUGAAUCCAAUAUCUUAAAAAUAUUUGAUGUAUGUAUUUUUAUUUUACCCUUUUUUUUUUUAAAUAAAAUUUAUCUGAAAUAAGAUUAAAAAAUCUUUAGUAGAUUAAGGCACACUUAUCUUUACAGUGAUUUGUCUUCCAUUCCUUUCGUGAAUAGAUAAAUAUAUUAGAUAUGUUAUAUAUUCAGCGCUAAUACUCUAGGUUAAGACUGCAUGAUCGUAGGUAGAAGUGCAUUUAGCAGAUGCUUGGUCUGCUCACACUUCCGUCUCCCAGAGGAGUGUUUCAGAACAUUCAGAUCUCUGACCAACUCCUAUGUGAUGUAACCUAAAAAUCACACCAACUUGUCAGAAAAGUGUUCCUCUUAAACUUUUUUUUUUUUUUUUUUUUUUUUUUGUGUCAUUUACCUUCUUAAGUUACAGUAUUUUAAAUCUCCUGCAGAGGUAUAUUCACAAUUCUACCUAAAGCAUUUUAAAGUCUGAUUUUAACAUUCCUUCAGGGUAAAAGCGGUGUUUAAAUGAAAAUUUAAAAUCCUUUCAAUGCGAAUAAUAUGAUUGCAAGGUCUCCUCAUCAAUCUAGACUCUGAAAGAACAGAUUAUAAAGCCAUUAGACUUUUGUGUCUUAGGUCAUUUUAGAGGACCUCGGGGCUGCACCAACUCCAUCUGUAUUUUCACCUUCUGAGCUCUGCACAGUUGCCUACACAGUUUACUACAUUCUCCUCUACUAUAUAGAGCAAAGCUAUAUAUAAUAUAUAUAUUAUAUAUAACUAUAAUGAGGUUUCUAUUAAAUUUCGAUUUACUUAACUUUUUUUUUUUUUUUUUUUUUUUCAAAAAUAGGCUACAUACUUUGGUGGAAAGCAGAUUUCCACAUGAAGGCUCUAACACUGUUUUGCCAAAAAUGGAACAAAGUGGAUACUUGCAUGCCAAACUUAUUUAAGCUGACAGAGCUCUCAGACUUGCACAAUUUGAUUCUUAUAGCAUUGUUUUGUUCUUGGAAAGGGAAAACCAACUCCUUUCCUGCUUACAGUGCCCCGAAUCCUUUAACAUGGAUAAAGUAACCUUCUCUGGAUAAAUAAAUACCACCUCCAGUGUCAGUGAUUAAUAUUACUAAGUCAGUUUUAUGCCAAUUGCACAACUUGUAAAAUUUUGGUUUGAACACAAAAAUUUGAGUAGGGAGAUCACAAUCCUCUGAGUAAAUCUGUAAUAUUUUUUCUGUGUAUCACUACUAGAUGAGGUGAGGAGGAAGCAGGACUGCUAGUCUGAUCCUGCAUAGUAAAUACUGUCAUUGGAUAAUCCAAGUUAAAAUUGUGCUGGAGUACAUGUUUUUGACGUAGUUUUGUGUCUGAUGCACAGAGCACAUUCCUCAAUUGCUUAGAAAGUGGACUCGUAUGCUUGAAGAUUUGAUUGGAGUCUGAUGACCUUUAUGGCCACUUAAAAUUACUUCAGGUGGAAGCUUCUUCAGCCAUUUGCAGUCGCCUGCUGUUGGAGCAGUGUGGUUUGGCUAAAACUAAUCAGGAGAUUUCUAACUGGAAUUAGGGUUUUCUUAAGAGAGGUAGAGAGAAUGAGGUUUAAAUAGCUUUGAUUUCCAGGCUAUUAAGCAGUACUGAUUAAAGUCUCAGAUGGGUGUAGGACUCUUAGUUCAGUUACCUCUAUCAGAGUCCCUCUAUAACCUCUGGGAAAAUACCAUGCACUGUACAAAUCAAGAGCCACCAAAAGUACUUGCAUUAAGUAAAGAAAGUUCUCAGAGCAUCUGAAGAUAUGACUGUUCAAGCCAGACAACAAAGUAAGAGGUCCCAGAUGCAACAAAAACAGUAAUGAGAAUAAAUGCUUCAUUCAAGAUUUUUUCCUCAUCAUUGCAGAAUAAAUACAUUCACUUCUUUCAAUGUGGGACCAGUUUUAUUGAAAUCAGCGCUACAUACGCACAUUCCUAAAGUUAAUCGCAUGCAUAGUGGCUCUGCUGUGUAUCUGUAAAAAGUUUGGUCCAAAUUCAUCCUGCUUUGCUUUGAGGCAUGUGACCAAUUUUUAGUUGUAGCUGCCACUUGUACCCUCUGCAUCUCAUUAGGGAAACUAUCCUUAGACAGGCAAAGUCACAACCCAGAAGAGGCUUGUAGAGAGAUACACUUAUAAUUUUCUCUGUGAUUUAGAUGCCUAAAUGUAGAUGGGCAAAAGCUAAGCUCUGGAGCACAAGUAUGAUUUCACUUGUCACGUAAGUGAUUACACUGAGCUCAGUGGUAUGGAUGUAACGAGUUACUAAUUUUAAUGUGUUUACAGGAUUGAGCCCAAUAUUAUACUGCUUCUGCACAAAUCCAUGCUCAGUACAAGACGGCCACAGUAGUAAAGAAACAGACUAAUUUAAAACUGUUCGCAAGCAAAUCUGCGUCUUGAUAUCAGGGAAUUGAUAUGUGUUCAUUGUGUGGGGUAUUUGAUUUCAUUCCUUUCUUUGCUAAAUAAAUAAAUGAUUAAAGAAGAUACAGCUUGAGUUCAUUUAAAAGCCAUUUGUCCAAAUAAAGGGUUUGGGGAUCUGUGAA